UCCGAGUCGCCGGCUCUGCUUAGCUCUGUUUUGUGAUGCUGAUUCUAGCUUAAAGGCGGAUCUUGCUGUCUUUUUCUUAUUCACAAACAUUUUUCUGGCCGCGGCCCCUUUGAUCAAGGAUUAAUUGAAUAGCUUGAAGAUGAUGGAAGUCGACACUCACUCGCCAUCCACCAGGAUGGCACGUUCCUUCAACUAUUCACUCAAGAGGUCGCGCUCUCCUGGGUCUCCAAGCCAAGAACGCCAGCCUAAACGUUCAUCACUUGCUUUACAGGAUACGUAUCUGAGUAGACGAGCAUCCUCCAUUAUCUUUUCUUCCAACCAAAGCUCGAGCAAUCAUCAUCAACCAAGCCCAGAAGAUUGGGUGAGGCAAGCUAGCGACCUCUCAAUUGGAUGCCCAAGUAACGUCGAGCCUGUUCCAUCGCCAAGUGGCGAUAUACAGGAUGAGAACAUGGCACUCGACCCAGAUGAAGCUUCAAAAUCUUACUCCUCGAUGUUUGUCUUUUCGCCACCACGGCUGCUACAGCCAUCCCGAGCACACUCUACAACCACACAGUCACAAACGUACACGAGUCCUCCCCAACACCUAUCUCAAAUCAUUGUGGGACCGGCAGGUGGACAGCCGUUAACACCAAGCAUGACCGUGACCAUGGCUUCUUCGGUGUAUGUGCAGCCUGGUAUAUCAGACGGCCAGCAAGAAUCGCAGGGACCAACUCAAAGCCAUGACUCUUUCCAGACUACAUCAUCUGAAAUGCCAAUUCCAUCAUCACCUCCAAUAAGCCAAUCUCCAGGACCCAAGUCAACUUCGGGGAGAAAGCAGCGCUUUACGAUGGGGCCACGUGCAGACUGCCCAAAGUGUAGAAUAGGUGAAAAGGGGCACUGGAUGCAUUUCGACUAGACAUUGGAGUAGUAAAUUUGCCUACGUAAUCUUAGAACUAUAAUAUUUUACAGGUGACAAUUAACUUGUGCAGCCAUUCAUGUGCACGAGGUCUUACUUAGAUUCGGAGGCGAGGAAGUUGCUUGUUGUUUUGCUUUGUUUGCCGAGGCCGUUGGAUUUAAACAUGUCACAACA